AUGGGUAAACCCGAGACAUUUCAGCUUUCGGUAGCGGCCUCCUUUGAAGGCCUCACCAACCAAGAGAAGCUCUAUGCCCACCACACGGCCAGAGCCGCAUGGCAAGGGACAAGAAUUAUUCUUCGACAAGUGUCCCCAGAAGCAAACGAUAUUUUCGACUUCAUCAUGGCCCUUCACCACAGCUGUGAUGGUCAAUGGGAACAGCUAGCGGGCAGAGCGCAGGUGGAUAUGACUGAAGUGGAAAAGUUCCUUAAUUAUGCAGCGGUUUUUCUGUCCAAUAUUGGAAAUUACUUCGGCUCUGGAGAUCAGAAGUUCCACCCUGAUACAUCACCAGAUGAGCUGGAGAAGCUUGCGAACUGUGAUCCUACCACAGCGCGAAUGUUUGCAAAGGUUCGAGAUGCAUUGUUUCGACCAUUGCCCAAUAGUCUGGGUGUCCCGAGCGACACCUCCCAAAGCACGUACUAUCUUGGAGAUGGGCCCCUUGAAAAUAUGAAAGAGGUCUCCGCCGUAUCGAAGUUGAUGGAAUCAUCAAAAAUCUUUCCCGAGAAUACUAGAUUGAGGAAGAGCAUCAACAGGGAGGGUGAGAUUACCCUCCGGACAUAUGAUAUCCUGCAAGCCUCAGUAGAAGAAGAUGAAGCCGCUCCUCAGGAACCCGAUGAUCAGUCUGCCAAUGGCACAAGAAUUCGCUUGGUUCGGGGUGAUCACAAAGAAGAACUCAAGAAGAUCAAUCAGAGCCUGAGAGAAGCUAUGAAGUACGCAGCCAAUUGCGAACAGCAGAAACUGCUGGCAGGCAUUGCAGAAAGCUUUUCUACCGGUGACCUUAAUUCCUACAGGGAAGCACAAAGAAUCUGGGUCAAGGACAAGGCCCCAAAGGUAGAGACGGUUUUUGGAUUCGUUGAGCCGUACAGGGAUCCCCUUGGCGUUCGUGCUGAGUUUGAGGGUAUCGUCGGAAUAUCGGACUCAGAAAAAACAAAAGUGCUCCGCAGACUCGCUGAGAUUGCCUCUGAUAUUAUUCCUCAGCUACCUUGGGCUGGGGGAUAUGAGGAGAAUAAUGGAAAAGGCCCAUUUGAGAAGGAGCUUUUCGAUAUUCCUGAUUUUGCCAGCGUCCAAAUCCUGGCUUAUUGCUCCAGCCUGGUGUUUCCAGGGAUCAAUCUUCCAAAUUAUAAUGACAUCAGACAAGAAGAUGGUUUCAAAAACAUUAUCUUUGCUAACCGCAUGGUAGCAGAGAGUAAACGAGCGAGGGGCAUCCACAUGAUUUCUGAAUCAGAGCGCAAAGUUUUCCAGGAGCACCGCUUUACAGCAUACUACAUUUGGGUAGUUCUUCAUGAGAUACUCGGCCAUGGCACAGGCAAGCUCCUUGUAGAGGACUCACAGGGGCAUUUCAACUUCGACAAAGAGCACCCGCCGUUGAACCCACUCUCUGGAAAGCCAAUUGAUAGUUGGUAUGGUCCAGGGGAAACCUGGACAGGAGUCUUCACAGAUUUAUCAACAACUGUGGACGAGUGUCGCGCUGAACUUGUUGGUGCUUAUCUGAUUGAUGUUCCUGAGAUCCUGGAGCUUUUCGGAUGCACUGUAGACAGCGAGACUAAACCUGCUGAUGUGGUCUAUAAUCUCUAUCAGCAACUAGGAGUUGAUGGGCUGCGAGCACUCGAGAAUUACAACCCAUCCACCAAGAAAUGGGGUCAAGCACACAGCAGAGCACAUUUUGGUAUGCUCCAACAUAUGCUUCGUGACAGAAACGGCCUCUACGAAAUCGUUCAUGAUAAAGAGGGCCAGAAUUUGACAGUUCAAGUCAAUCGAUCCCGUAUUCAGGAAGGCAGGGCUUCCCUUGGCCGGAUGCUUCUCCGCUUGCAUAUCUACCGCUGCACAGCGGACAUACGCAGCUGCCGUGAAUUCUAUGAAGACCUGACUACAGUCAAUGAAGAGGCUUUGGGAUGGAGGGAAGUAGUACUCAUGAAGAAGGACCCACCAUUGGCAUUUUGCCAUGCAAAUACCUUUCUAGAAGGACACAGUGUCAUCUUGAAGGAGUAUGAGCCUACUGUUCGUGGGCUCAUCCAAAGCUGGGCAGAGAGGAAUGUCUAA